CAAUAACAAUAAAUUGGCGUCCGUCACAAAAAAAAGAAUGUUGAAAAUUGUCCGAAAAAUAUAGUAAUGUGUGAUUAAGUGCCAAAUAACAUAUUGCUCGAGAGUGAAUCGGGAAUAGAAAUAUCAGCAAAUAGAUUAGAAUCAUCAUCACUGCUUUUUCAAUGUAAUCUAUACACUCAUGUGUAGUGUGCACUAGAAGUGGUAUAACUAAAGUUGUAAGGGGCAGAUCAACAAGCAUAUUAGACGAAUGCAUAAAAGACAAUACGACGACUAUUUACGAAUGAAAAACGCUAAAAUGGCAACGCCGAUUGUUCCGUUGGGUGAAGAGAUUGAAAUACCCAAUGAUGACAAUAAAAAGGUACGGAGAACACAUCCACUUUUCAAUGGAUUUUUUGAGUUUCACUCACACUUGCCAAAUAACAAAAUAAAAGCAAAUUGUUUGUCGUGCGAACGUAUGGGUCGACCAAAUCUAAUUCAAGCCAGAAAAGGCAUCUCGUCCAAUUUAUUAACACAUUUGAAUCGGAUGCAUCCAAAUGAAUAUGAAAGGUACUUUUCAAUGAAAAAUUCAAAUCAACCACCAAAUGGAACGGAUGUAACUAAACAAGAACCAAGGUUAUCCUUUAUUAAGAGUACAACGCCAGUGGCAUCAACCGCCAGAAGUUCAAUAAUUUCACCAAGACCACAUAGCCUCUUCACCGAAGGAUUUUUUAAGUUUGAAUCGCAAUUACCGAACAGAAUAAUAACAGCCAGUUGUCUGAUUUGUGAACGCUUGGGUCGACCGAAGCUCAUUCAUGCCAGAGAAUCUAGCGCGUCGAAUUUGUUGGCACAUUUGAAACGCACACAUCUUUCUGAAUAUGAUAGAUAUAUUUUGUUGAAAAAUCACCGACAAAACGAUUUGGAGCCAACGGAUUUGGAGCCAACGGAGCAACCACAAUUUGAUAUGAAUAUUGAACAGUCGGUGGUAUCAACGAUCAAAAGUGAAGAUUUGGAAUUUGUCGAUGUGAAUCAGGAUGAUGAUGAUAUGCAGGGCGAGACAUGGGAUAGUUUUGAAUCGUCCGAUUAUUUUGAAGGCUUGGAUAAUUCACAAAUGGACACUGAAGCAGCAGCUACAUCAACAACAACAAGAAUGCAAACUCGUGAUGAACCAAACCAUGACAACGAAUCAUCUAGCGAUAGUAUCGACGAAUCAUUCGACUACCAAGAAAAUUGGGUUCGGCGUGCACCGUUGUUGUUUCGUGGUGGAUUUUUCCGUUUUAUAAAACGCGAUGGUGUGACUAUUAGAGCUGAAUGCUUGAAUUGCAAACACGGUAACGUCUACAGUGGCCACAUAGCAUCCAGUUCAAAUUUUGUCAAACAUUUGUCGCGCAUGCAUCCGAAAAUGUUUGAUCGAUUUUUGACAUUAAAAGAAGAGGAAAAGUCGAACAUUCGAAAUGAGUUCAAAGCGAAUAAAAAAUAUGAAAAAUUUGAUCAACAUGAUUUUGAUCGCAUCGUUCUGAACUUUAUGAUCGACGGUAUGCAUAAGCCAGCAUUACUUCAGGAUCCAACAUUCCAUACAUUGGUUAACGAUCUUGCCACAAAUCGAACAUCAGAAUACCAUCCAACACAAAAAUAUGACAUUAUCUCACCAAAAGUAUUGCAAGCCGAAAUUGACGAACGUCUCUCGUCGAAAAAAGAAAAUCUAAUUGCAUCGUUGAAGGAAGUAUCAAGCGUAUCAGCGGCAAUCGAUGUUUGGUAUGUACGACAAAAGACGUUCAUGUCAGUUGUGAUCAAUUGGAUAGAUAUCAAUGAUUACCGUCGAAUUUCAAGCGUAAUUUCCUGCGACGUCUUCACUGGCACCAAAACAAACGACGACUUACUUGGGCGGAUUGAACAAAUUUAUGGUGACUACGAUCUUUCUUCGAAAGUCGUGGCCACUGUGACCAAUAAUAAUCUUCAAUAUAACAAAAACCUUGAGAACAAUGAUAUUACUUAUUUCAAUUCGGAGGGUUUGCUGGAUAACAUUGUGAAUCCAGCACAUUUAUUUGAAUUGAUUGGAAUCGAACAAGCCCAAAUAGCACUGGCCGAUGAACAAUACAACGCAGCAUACAAAUCUGCCUUCGAUAAAUACGAUAUGCUAUUGGAUUAUGUCACGAACAAUGAAAUACCAGAAAACUCUAUUUUCAAAUUAGUAUUCAAACAUCCAUCUGGUGGUUCAAAAUUAACCGAACUCUAUAACAGCAUCACAAAUUUGAUUCAAUGCCACAAAGAAACGUUAAACGAAGCGCUGAGUGAAUGUAACAUUCCAAUUUUCACCAAAAACGACAUGAGUUUCUUAAAAGAGUAUGCGGUGACUUUGGAACCAAUUGCUACCGCCAUUGAGUAUCUGCAGACUAAUCGGUAUUAUGCCACACUUUUACCCAUGGUUUAUAGCAUGAGAGAUAAUUUGAUAGAUGUACAAAAUCGAGUCAAAUUGUGUCUACCACAUUUAAAAGCUAUUUUGAAUUCGUUCGAACAAAUUUUUGCACAUCUUUUUGAUUUUGAUAAUGAAAAAUGCAUCCCAGCGAUUAUUGCGACGUGCACACAUCCAUUCUUUAAAAUGCGGUGGCUUAAGGGUGAUUUAAAAACACUGACAAACACCAAUAAGAUAUUAGACCUACUUGUCAAGGUCGCAAAGGAGUUUGAUGACGGAGUGAGGAGUGAAGAAACAGACGGUAGAGAUAUGAGUAUAAGCGAGCAAACACAACCACAGAAAAAGUUCAAAUUCAGUUUUGACACGACAUCAAACGAUGAGGCCAGCGAUGAAACAGUGAUUCAAAUGGAUUUUAUGUCAUUUCUGAAAAAACCAUGCCAAAACGAUGAGACGAAUUUGGAUGAGCUACAAUUCCACCCGUGGGUGCAGAAACUUUUUAUUCGCUAUAAUUCAAUUCUAACGUCAACAACAGCACUGGAACAAUCCUUCCCAUUGACAGAUCUGAUCCGAAAGUCAAUGUCAUCUGAUUUCUCCGAUGAAUUGUUCCAGAAAUUGGGAUUAUUGGUAGCAUCACAAACAAAAAACAAUUAAUUCACUGUCCAAACAGUCGGUUGAGUAUACUUUUAGGCGUAAGUUGUGUUUAGUUUCAUUAUUUAUCAUAUUUUCUGUCUUUACGUGUAACUCAAUGUUGUGAAAUAAAAAUCUGAUAAUAAAUAA